AUGACAGCGAAGUUAAGACCAACCAUAAAAAGAUUUAAUUCAUUACUGAAUGGAUAUUUAAAAAAUAAUUCAAUUGAAGACGUAGAAGAAAUAUUUAAAUAUAUGAAACAUUUGGAUAUUAAUCCAAAUAUAACAAUAUAUAAUACAAUAUUAAACAAUCUAUCGUUAAAAAAUGAUAUUGAAGAUAAAGCAUUAGAUUUGUUUAUUUCAUUGGUUAGACAAAAGAAAGAUAUUAAUCAAAUAUUUAAUAGAACAUCAGCAUUUAAAAUAUUUAAUAUAAAACAACAAAAUGAAAUUUACAAUCAAAAAAUAGAAACCAAUCAACAAAAAGAAGUUACAAUAGUAAAAGUCAAAUUAAAAAAUAAUAAUAAAAUAGUAAAAUUAAUACCAGAUGCACAUAUAUUUACAAUAUUUAUUACAGAAUUUGCAUAUAGAUAUGAAAACAUGCCCAUGGCAAUAAAAGUAUAUGAAACAAUGUUAAAAUAUAAUAUUUCGCCAAAUGUUGUAACAUUCACAAUAUUAAUUGAAGGAUUUGGUAUGUCAGGAGAGCUAGAAAAGGCCUUAGAAUAUUUUAAUAUAAUGACAAAUAAAUAUAACAUUAAACCAAAUGUUAAAACUUAUACAAGUUUAAUCAAAGCAUUAGUUAAAACAAAAAAUUUAGAAAAAGCUGAGCAAGUUUGGUAUCAGAUGAUUAAAGAAGGAAUUAAACCUGAAAGAGCAACUUAUAAAGUGUUAAAACAUAUCAAUGAUGAUAAUUAUCUUUUUCCAAGAACUCCUCAGAAAAUUAAAGAUGCAAUAUAUCGUUUAGAUUUAAUUAAAAAUAUUCAUAAUGUUGAUACUGUAUAUGAAUUAUAUAAAAAUUUCAUAAAAUUAAAUUUUAAAAAUAAAUACAAUAACACCAAUGACAAUUCAGCAUUAGCACAUAAAGACAUUGAUUCAAAAACUGAUGUUUGUUCAUUCACCAUGUUUAUAUCAAUAUUUUCAUUAAGAUUUGGUGAUAUGCAAAAAUCAUUAGAAAUAUUUCAGGCGAUGUUAAAAUACAAAAUCAAACCAAAUACUAUAACAUUCACAAAAUUAAUAGAGGGUUUUGCUAAUUUGGUAUUAGAGAAAAUGAAAAAGCAAAAAAAAUUUAUGAUGAAAUGUUAG